CGGUCGGUAAAGGAGUUUUGUUGUGUUUACAAAGGCGGACGUUUGCGUUUUCUCGCUGCACGACUUUUCGUUCCGCUCGUGUUUGGGUAUCGAGUGAGCGGAUGUAACGAGAUGCUUUCCUCGUAAUAAAAAUUCCUUUUCGAGUCAUCGCACGAGUUAAUAUGAUCGAUUCCGAACUAGAAAAUAUAUCGAAACACGGCGAUAGUAAUCGCGAUAAACAUUCACUUUUACAAGAGUACGAUGAGGUGGUAGAAACUCUUAAAAAAGACUUGACCAUGUGCAAGACGGAACAAAAUAAGAUCAGGUCCGCGCUGGAAGCUCUACGAAACGACAGUAGAGAUACUGGUGACCUCGUUAAGGAUCAUUUUUCUCGGGUUCAUAUAGAAACGUGUAGCAGCGAGAGCAUACAUAACAAGGAGCUUAUAAUGAAUCUGCAAGAACGUCUAGCAGUUUUACAAAUGGAAAAAGAUUCGGUCUUUCAACUAUGGCAAAUCGCGUUAAAAACCGUAGGUGCUUUGGAAGAAGAAUUGAAGAGUUUUAGGAGCGACGGUAAAAGUUCCAAAUUGUACGAAGAACAUAUUGAUAACGUCAAGGAGACCUAUUCCGAAGCUAUCAAAGCAUUGGAAGGCAAAUUAUUGCAAGCGAGAGAAAAUUUUUUAAAACAGCAAGCGUUGUGGGAAACUAGCAAAGAUAAGAUAGAGGACUUGCUCAAAGAAAAAACUGAUGUUACAAGAAAAUACGAAGCUUUACAAAAAGAUACUCUGGAGAAAGAUAGGAAUAGUAUGCGGAUGGUCGAAACGUUGAAGACCGAAUUAGCUGCUGCAAAAGCGGAUACCCAAAGGGCAGUGCAUUUAAAAGAAGAGUUGGAGAGUAAAUUGAACGAAGCUAUGAAGUUUACUGCAUCUUUGAUAGCCAGAAACGAAGAAACAAAAAAUAAAAUGUCCGAGGCUUUGGAGUUGGUAGAAAUUGCGGUAAGAGAAAAAGAUCUGAUAGCGCAAAGAGAAGCACACGUAUCGGAGGAAAAAGGUAGACUCGAGCUUCGAUUGUCGAAAAUAACCGAAGAACAUACCGUCAUGUUACAAGAGGAGAUAACGAAAAUAAAGGAUGGUUACGAAAGAAGCGGAAAAAAAUAUACGUCCGAAAUGAAGGAGCUUAAAGCAGAAUUAAGACAAAAAACGGUGCUAUUAGAUAACGUACAAAAAGAUUAUAGAGUUUCUCAGGAAGAACUUGAAAAGGUACGUCAGAAUUCUGAGGACGUAUUGCAAAAGUCGAGAACGAAAAUAUUGGACUUUGAACAAAAACUACACUGCGUGGAACAACUCCGAGACAACGAUGACACGCAAAGAAAAAAGUAUGACGCGGAGAUCGGGCAUUUAGAAUCCAAAGUAAUUGAAUUGGAAGAAAAGUUAAAUGCCGCUAAUGAUAAAUUAAGAAAAAUGCAACAAGAGAAUCGCGAUAGCAUGGAACAUCAGGUAAAGCGAGCUAACGAAAAAACAAAAAACGUAAUAGAGCAGUGCAAUGACUUAGAGAAACGUUUGGCUAGAUCUUUGGAAGAUAGAGAAAAUUUUCAAAGAGAAAUUAAACGCUUAGAAACGACUUUUGAUCGUGAAAUGCAAAAACGGGAGUAUGAAAAACAUGCUCUUGAAAAUAAAAUACACGAUUUAGAACUCAAUUUUCAAAAAGCAACUUGUUUGACACAGGACGGGCCAUGUACGAACGUACUUGCAACUCAGGUACAUACCGCGGAAAGGGAAACGAAAAAAAUCGGUUCGCCCGUAACGAUAGAGAGCAAGGAACAUUGUUGUCGCCUGCUCCUAUUGGAACAGACGAACAAAGCGCAGGAACGAUACGAUAGAAAGAUAAAAGAAUUGUCGCAUCACGUGGAAGUUCACCAGAAACUUAGCAAAAAGUGGAAGGAAGAAGCCAAGUCAAUGACAACAAAGUUUCAAGAAAAGUCUAAGGAACACAGAGCUAAGAUAAAUGCGCUGAGAAAGGAGAACGAGGAAUUGAAUAAACAAUUGUUUUCGUGUCGGCAAGAACUUACUAAACAUAAAAUACAGAGUGUUCCGAGAUGCAGCGAAGGAAAUAAAGUCAGGUGACAUUAUAAUGUCACGCUCAUAGGAUUAAUAUCACAUCUUGGCUUCUGUAAAUAUCGCAAAAUACGGCGGAUUUAUCUAUUUUGGAAAUAUAUGUUCAUACAGGAAAUAUAA